AAGUAAGUUCACUCCUUCGAUCGGCACAUCUGACAUCUUUCAUCUCAGGCUCAUGUAAACAAACACUAUUGUGCCGUGUCCUACACCGCCGCCGCUUCACUCACAUGGUCCUUGGCAGCAGAACUCAGGAUAUCAGGUUGUAGUCAUGAAGUUUGUGGUGGAGCAUGUGAGCAAGGGUGGAGGACGGUUAGGUAGGCUGAGUGGUCUCUGCAGCCAACCUGAUAGUAUCCAUAGCACUCCACUCUCCCUUAUUUCCAAAGGAGGCAGUGCACCACAUCUCACGCAGGAUGUGCUGCACCUGGUGGCAUUGAGGGAAGCACCUCUUUGUAUCCCUGCCCAGCACUUUAUUGAACACGUGAAUGUGCUCCAGAGUUUCAAGAAAGGAGUGGCACACUUUGCUGCACUUCAAAGCCACAGUGUGGGUUUUGUAGUGCAGGAUCCUGCUACUGUCACCCCAAGUGGCUACAAUGACAAACAGGGCGUGUCCACCUGGACCUAUACUGGCCGCCGCACCCUCACUGCACAGUCAUACAUGCAGUUGGUGGAGGCAGCACGGCCUGACUGGUAUGAAGCCCUCAGUGAUGCAGACACACCACCGACAGCCUCCAAGAAGCGACUGUCCAAGUCCCUGAACAAUUCCAAGCUGUAUGUGGACAGCUGCUUUCAUCACCACACACAGUCACAGACCCUCCAGGGAUGUGGCCUGCUGCUGCCUCUCCUUGGUGGACAUAGUCUAUCUGACCGAGCCAGGUGGUCCAAGGGUCUAACCGAGUGGCUGCAGGAAGACUCACCAGUGUCAGGAUAUGCACUGCAGGGUCUGCAUGCCAACGGCCCAGAGGUGGAGCAGCUCAUACCAGCAGAAGUGGUCAACCUCGUCAGGACUUCAUUGGAUCUUUUGCCUAAGGGGCGACUGUGCCAGGCAGGAGGCAGCUGGAGCCCUGUUAUGGUGCUCAGUUUGGUGGAGCUUGGCGUGGAUCUGUUCGACUCCUCCUUCCCCUACCUUGUGACUCAGAGGAAUGGUGCUCUCUCCUUUCCUCACUAUCUUCCCAGGGAGGCUGAGGAUGGGACGAGCCUUGAGCACCGAGAUAAGAAGCUGAAGAUUUGUGCAAAGGAGCAUUGCCCAGAGGAACAAGAAGGGAAGAAGCAAGAGGAAAAACAAUGUCAGACAAAAGAAAAGCAACUAGAGGAGGCUGAGAGGAAAGAGGAAGAUGGAGAAGAAAAUCAUAAAAAUAAUUAUAUAAAUGACAAUCUCAAGAAGAAUAAUGAAAUGCAACAUAAUACCAGUGUUUAUGAAAUUUGCCUGAAGGAUAAAAGGUUUGUGUUGGAUGAGGGGCCUCUUGUGAAUAGCUGCGAGUGUUACAGCUGCAAGAACUUCACCCGAGCUUAUAUACACCACCUCAUCAAUGUAAAGGAGAUGCUGGCACCUGUCCUGCUUAUGAUACACAAUCUGCACCACUGGAACAGUUUCUUCUCAAGCAUCAGGGAAGCUGUGAAGACUGACCGUUUACAAGAUCUAAAAGACAUGGUCUCUUCUCUUGCCAAGACGUAGGAGGCUUUGGCAGAGGUGGCUCUGGGUUUGUGUGGCUUCCCACAACAAGGGGAGGAAGCCAGCAGGGCAGAAUUUGAGGUAUCUGUGUGUGGGCUACAGCCAUUUUGAUUCAGAAUUCUUUAUAUAGGUUACAAGGCUUUUCUAACCACUUUGUAACUUAACACAAGCUUGUCUAGUAUUCCCUGCUGCCACCCACGAAUAGCCAGCCAGCACACUCGCCUGACAAGUACACCACCUGCUUGCACUCACAACGCAGCCACCCUGACAUGUAAUUAUUGACAUUUUAAUUGGCUUUUUUCUCUCAGAUUUCCUGAAGAAUAACUAGUUUCAUAUCAAUGAGCAUUUUUUAGCAUUACUAUAGUUAGUAAGUUGAGUGAGACUGCCAUGUGUUGAACUGAUCACUUCAUGCAGCCUUCCUGAUAUUCUUGUGUCAAUAUUUUCAUUUACAUCAUUAUUCUUAGUUGUGGUGUCAAGUAUUUUCAGUUCCUCCAUUGUACUUUAUACAGAUGGAACUAGAGUCAUAACUGUAAGGUCUUUGUGCAGCCAUUGUAGGAAAAUGUGAUAGUUAUUCCUUUAUAUAAAUGGGUGUAAUCAGGUUUAUAUACAUUUUUUAUACAAGUUGAAAAUUUUCCAAGUU